CACAAUUAAAAUUUACUCGUCUUCCGGUGUUCUGUUCUGAAAUGGUGUCCUCACUGAAAGGGAAGGUAGCGCUUAUUACCGGUGCCACCUCAGGCAUUGGCAAGGCGUGUGCGAUUGCAUUGGCAGCCGAGGGAUGCUCUGUGUCCAUCACAGGCAGGAACACGGAGGCCUUGAAGGAAGUCACCAAGUCGUGUCACGAUGCAGGGCUUCCGGACGGCAAGGUAUUUGCUGUUGAUGGAGAUGUUGCCAAAGACGAUGACUGCAAAAAGAUUGUGGACUCCACUGUGGCUCAUUUCAAGAAACUUGACAUUCUCAUAAACAAUGCAGGCAUUCUUGUGUUUGGGGGCAUUGAAAGCAUCAGCAUGGAAGAUUACGACAGGCAGAUGGACGUUAAUGUGAAGUCUGUGUUUGUUUUGACCAAGCUUGCUCUGCCGCACAUCAUCGAGACGAAAGGGAACAUCAUCAACGUAUCGUCUGUUUGUGGGAUCCGAUCGAUUCCAGGAAUGGUAGCAUACAACAUGAGCAAGGCAGCCAUUGACCAAUUUACAAGGAGUGUGGCCUUAGAGGUGGCUGACCGGGGAGUGAGAGUGAAUUCCGUCAACCCUGGGCUUAUUAUUACCGACAUCCACAGGCGAGCUGGCAUGUCACAGGAGAACUAUCAGAAGAUGGUAGAACACACCAAAAAGAUGUAUCCCCUCGGCCGAGCUGGAGAAGUCGAAGAUGUGACAAAAGCCGUCCUUUAUCUUGCCUCAGAGGAUUCGUCCUUCGUAACGGGUGUGACACUGCCAAUUGAUGGUGGGCGGAUACUGCAGUGCCCUCGCUGAUUGGGGAACAAGUGAAGGGAUAUGUUUGUCGUUCUGAAAAUUGGUUCUUUUUAAUGUCUGGACAGGGCUGUGCUAAGUGGACAUCAAUUGUAACUAUUAUACUGUUGAUAUAAUUGAUGUGUUGGUUGUUCUUGAUAUUUAAACACAAAGUAUGAAAAAAGUAUUACUAAUAUAAAAUGAUAUACAUUUAUAUUUUUCAAAAACGUGUUGCAGAUCAAACCCUUAAAGACAUUAAGAUUGAUAUUAAGUGAUAUAAAGAACAAAAAUUAUGAUUGAUAAUUAUAUACACUUCCUUGU